AUGGAUGCAGACACGUUUGAUGGUAUGGCAACAGGUGCGGCGGCCAGCGAUACGCCAAGCCGGCCAAUUGACAACGACAGCCAGACAAUGGACGACACGCACGCAUCGGAGUCACCUCAAUGGUCCAAGAACGAAAGUGCACAAAGUCUUCCUGGGAAGGAGGUCGACCACACGAUGACUCCUCAGGCAGAAACAUCAUUACACCUCUUUCUUGGCGAACUCGACUCUGAAUCCGAGACCGAAGCCAAGCUCGCAGAGUUGUCCGCCAUUCUUGAAGCGUCACCGGAAGACAUUGAUACUCGAUCAUUGGAGCCCCCUCACAAGACCCCUUUGCAGAUUGCGAUUGGGAAAGACGUUUUCCAGACCUUCAACUUGCUGAUAAAAGCUGGUGCCGAUGUCAAUGCCUUGGAUGGAGAAAAUACACAUUCAUUUUACCACGCACUUGAAUAUGGUGAUAGCGCGUACUUGAAAGUACUCUUGGAACGCGUGGGCCAAACAGAGCACCCUACCUCUAGCGGCCGGUGCUUUCUCCAUCUCUGGGGCUUUUAUAAUCAAGAAGAAAGUAUAAUGCGACGUCUGUUUGAGUUUCAACGACAUUUCCUGAACGAACAAUCGUUACCUUUACUCCAAACACCACUCAACUAUACUGUCUCUCGAGAAAAUAAGAAAGGCGUUGCUUUUCUACUUGAAAAAGGGCCAAAUCUUGGUAUCGUGGAUCGGGAUGGAAGGUCGCCCUUGAUGACGGCGCUCAAGGAAAAUACUUCCGAGAUCUUUGACAUUCUGGUUAACCAUCUAUUCGAACCUGGGAGGGAACUCGCCGCGAAAGAUGUCAUUACUCGGAACAACGUAGGAAGGUCUAUUUUCGUGGAAUUCUGCAAGUUGAGGAGGUCCGAAAACGAGGCAUGGGAAGCCUCUUUUGCCAAGCUUCUUGACAAUAUUCUUGACAAAUUCCCUCAUUUGGACUUCAAUACGACCCCGGUUUACGAAGGCCUUCUAGAUAUUGCGAUAUUUUCGACAAAGCACUCUGAGAGCAAAAUCAUGGGCGAAUUCGCGUUAAGGGUCGUUGGUUGGGUACCGAAUAGAUUGCUUUUCCAGAGGUUCCAGAAAGACGCUACUCUUAUGGAUGAGAUUCUUUGCUGGCUUGCAUGUCGAAAAGAGCGGCACAAUGUAGCCGUUACCAUUUUGAAAGAACUGACUGCUCAAGAUCAGACUGCAUAUAUCGAACAGAAAGGCUGGACGUUGGCUCACUGGGCGAUAUAUCAUAGAUUGCCUUCAGUACUUCUACAAUGCCCGCCUUUGACAGCCGGCGAGAAAUCUCGCGGCCAGGAGAUUAUUAGUCAUCUAAAAACGUCGAGCAAAACAAAGGAGCCACAGCCUUUCGCAAGGGACAGUGCCAAGGAGGUAAAACAAGACAAUCAAACGACCAGGAAUGAGCAAGGCCGUACAGAAACUCAGGAUCGAGUCCUUGAUGCGAUGAGGGAUAUCCUUGACUUCAUCGGCCUAGAGACAACUAUUAGAGCCAAGGAGCCCCUCCGAAUCACCAAACCGAUCAACGGCGGAAUCAAAGAUUGCUUGAACGGGUUCCAGGCGAGCAUUGUUGAAGUUCGACAGAACAAAAAUGAGUUCAGCAUGGGUACCAGAUUCAGGGGGAUCUACAAUACCAUUUAUGAUGAGAAGGAAAGUUUCACGACAAUCAGAGACGCAAUAGAACAGUUCCAAAAGUCGACUAAGAAAUGGGCUCCAAGAACCCGAGUGUCCGGGAUAUCGACUUGGAAAUUGGCUCGAAGCACCCAAGUGCGAGAAAGGCAUCACGUGGGUCCAUCUUCCAGCAGCCAAUACAAUGACACUUAUUCCCCGGGCACUGGCAAGAAUGGUGGACUGGCUUCCGCUUUUUACAUGCCGUUUAUCUUGACCGACUAUAAGCGACAUGAAACAAACAACAAUAGGAGAGACUUCCAAGACAUUCUAAAUGGCUAUUACCAAAGCCGGGGCUCCGUCAUUCAUGAUGCACCUACACUGGACGAGCACUACUACCGCUUUGCUGCAGAUGAGGAGUCUCAAAGAGACCGAGGCCACAGGAACAAGAAUCAAGUCUUCACCAAGUAUCAGCAAGAAAAUAAGACGGGUGAGCCAUUGGGGCUCAUCAGGAUCAGCCAGUUAUGGGCCUGGACGAUUGAAGACGGCAAUAUAGAAUGGUUGAUCACAUCCGCUUCCUGUGCCGAAAUCGACAACGAGAGAACAAUUACGUUUAUCAACUCUAUCGUCGACCACCUGCGCACUCAAGUUGAAGAUGGUAGUCGUGAACGUGGCCCGAAUUCUGCUGCAGAGCUGAGCAAAUCCAUUGCCGAGUACUGCGUUGGGACUUAUGACAGACAACAAGAGGUCCAGAAAUCGAAGUCUGACAAGAAGAAUGGAAAUCAACAAAAUCUCGCGAGGCAUGUCACGAAGGACAAUGUGUCUACCGACAUAAGCGGAUCGACCACGAGGCAUGAAGCCGAAACCAGCGAGAUAUCGAUCCGCCAAACUUUUUCUAAUUUCAUCAACCGAAUUGGAAGACAAGAAGCCGACUUAUAUGGCCAGUUUUCCGGCUAUACAAGGACUUUGAGGCAAGAGGAAGGGACUAGCAGUAGUCACGGCAACCCAUUGACAACCGAGGAAGCAGUCAAGAAGGCAGCCCAGCUUUUGUUCGAGAUCAAAGAUGUCCGUCACGAGUUGAACAUACUCAGAACCGUUGCCGAAUUUCAACGGAAGGUUCAGUCGCGCAUGGAUGGCAGAGAGCCUGACGCGAUCAGCACUAUGUUGGAUGCAGACCUAACAGCUGCAUAUGUCAGAAAUGACAUUGAUGAAAUGGACAAGCUUGCUGGGAGGAUUAGAGAUGCUUUGCAUACCACCAUCACACUUCACGAGAGUGAGAUUUCUCUAGACCAGGGGAAAAGGGUGAUGAUGUUUACGGUGAUUACUGCUUGGUUUUUGCCUGCUUCAUUUCUCACCUCUUUGUUCGCCCUGGACGUGUCAUCUUUUCUUCAAGCACCAUUGUGGUCUCUACUCGUUACCCUGCUUGUGCCUUGUCUCGUCCUCGGGUUGGCGGGAGGCUACAUGUAUUACGGGCGGCACAUCAAAAAUGUCGCGAGCAAAUUACCUCACUCCUGGGAAACAACUCCAAAAGACGUCUCUCACAGUCAAAGGAAAGAGACAGGAAACCUCACAGUGGGCAGCACAUCAGCCGCCAAUACAAGACGAAACGGGCUUUGGCGAUCCUUGCCCGGGGUGAGACAUCGAGGAAGCAGAGGCCGUGAGAACGGCGUAGAAACUCAAGUCUGA